AUGCCAGUGCCAUCAGGAGCUUACGGUGCGAUUGGAACUCAACCCUCCUGCUUUACUAGAAUGAAACUGGGUUUUAUGAUGGGCUUCUGUGUUGGAAUGGCUAGUGGUGCUAUAUUUGGUGGUUUCACAUGUUUUAGAUUGGGCUUGAGGGGUCGUGAACUCGUAUCCACAGUCGGUCGCAACAUGCUCCAGGGCGGUGGCACUUUCGGAUUAUUUAUGACCAUAGGUACAGCAAUUAGAUGCUAA